AUUUACGCCAAUUCGGAGCAAACGAUUCGCGCAACCCCGAAUCCAAGUUGCGCAAUUGAAGUUUACCAGAUGGACCACCUCUAUCCUUCCUAGCCGCGAAUGAUUUGAUAGCGUUAGAAUGUACCAUAUCACCAGUCCCUAGCGAUUGCUUGUUCAAUAGACCCUCACGUAUGCCAAACCUCAUCGACCUCUACAAUGUCUGUCGAUAUCUACCCACCGAUAGCUCCCGCUGAGCUCAAGCUCGCAGUCCAAGACACGCAGCGCCGCGAGCUGACCUGGCUCCUCGACGACCUCCACGCCACCCUGGGGGAGUUCCGGCACGGCCUGGAGGACUGCUACGCCCUCCUGGCACCCAUCGACCCGGGCAGCACGCUCGUGGUGAGCACGCCGCGGAACGAGUCGGUCAAGGGCCACGUCACGCGGGUCGGCACGCGCAUCGUCAAGGGCACGCUGUCGCUGCGCCUGCGCACCGCUCCUCCGCAGACCCUGUCCGUCGACCCAACGCACCCUAUCCACCUCGCGCCCCUGACGCUCCUGCACGCCCGCCUGACCGACGCCCUCGACGUCCUGACCCGCACCCUUGAGUUCCUACCCGAAGGCAGCAGCAGCAGCAGCAGCGGCGGCGGCUCCAAGAAGAGGCCCCUGCCGCCAGCCGCCGACGCAACAGCCGCCGCGGCAUUUGUUUCGGCCCAACUGAGGCUCCUGUCGACGACGCUGCAAGAAUCAUCCGCGAUCCUCAAGGGCCGGCCGCUGACGGACACGGACCCGGGGUGGACGACGCUGUCCGCCGCACCGGGGCACUUCCUCGCGCCACCCGCGCCACCACCACCGGCCACCAACCUCAACAGCUUCCUCUCCGCGCCACAGCAGCAGCCCGACGCCUCGGCCGGGAACCCGCUGCACAACAUAUCCAUAUACUUUUCGCUUCAGGAGUCGGCGCUGGUGCUGUGGGUGCGGACGCUGGAGCCGGCCGACACGACGCCGUCGUUCGGCAUGAAGUUCGCCCUAGCCAUCGGCACGGCCCGCCGACUCGAGCACGACGAGAGCGACGUCAUAUUUGGCUACUGCUGCGCCGGCCUGGACGGGAAGCCUGCGGGUGGCGGUGAUGAGGAGGAACACCGCCGACACGGGCCGAGGACCUCGCCCACGCUGAGCGCCAAGAGGCCACCCAGUCAGAGCGGGGCUCCCGUGCUGUCGGGAACGAGGGAUAGCACCAGGCGGAGCAGCAGCAGGAAUCCUGGCGGGGCUGCGGGCGGCAGAGAAAAGGAUGGUGACGCGUUGCAAGUCUACGUGAGGGAGAAAAUACGGGUCGAGAGCGCAGACCCGAGCUUGAUGUCUUUGUCUGCCAAGCUAGGUGCCUUGAGCCAUACUUUGACUAUGGCUAGACGUAAUCUCGCCGCUGUCAUGGGAGAGGAGCUGGAAGACUGA